UGAUGUGGCACUUCUCGGCGGUAGGAAGUUGGCGACGAGCGCCAUAUCGCUCCAUCGAUAUUGUUGUUUUCUAAAGCUAAUUAAUGGCCCGGCACGUUGCCUGAGACGCCAUCACCGAUGAAAAGGGCGAGGAAGUGCACUGCGUGCGCGUGCCCCAGGAAUUCGUCAGCGAUGGCUGCCCUGCUGCUUCUCUUGGCGCCACUGCUGGUUGCGGUGACGCCGGCCGCCGGCCAACUGCAACGCGUCGAGAUCAUCCAGGAUCCGCCACCGUUCGUGCAGGAAGGUCCACCGAUGCUGAUGAACAUGGUCAACAUGAUGGAGCGCGUGAUGAACGAACUCGUGCCUCAACCUAUGAUACCGAUGAUUGGCGAGCCGGAGCUUGCCGCUGGUCCAGUAGUACCCGGUCCUUUUAUUCCCGGUCCUAUUGUGCCCGGUCCUGUGAUCGCCGCAGCUGAGGAGGUCAGCAACGAGAGCCGCAACAACGAGUCCGCCGAGCCGCAGCCAGUGGACGUGGCCAUCGACAUCAAAGUGGUGCCGUUGGGCGGGCCUGGCUCCGACCUGGGUGGCAUCAUCCUGCCGCUACCGCGAUUUCAGCGGGAGCCCGUUGCCUCGGCCUCCAAAGGAAAGGGCAUGCUGAGAAAGAGGCACAACGCAACAACAUCUUCGACUGGUCACGCCAAAUCUGGGCAUCGUAAGGUGGCCUCCUGGAGGUGAUCAGGGCAAACAAGUCUCACCCCGUGCUGCUACCCGUCUCCAACAGCGACGUCAAGACGAAGAAAGAAACGAAGGACAAACCGUCCCCUACCCCAUCUUCAAGCUCAGCAGCUUCCGAGCUUCCGUCUUCGUCGAAAACGGGGCUACGCUUACGGUCGCCGGCGGAGUUGGCUCAACAGAAGCUGCCAGAUGAGGACGCACCGAUGGUGGCCGUCCAGGCAGAUUCGUCGGUGGCAUCAAGCCGUAGGGCGCCGAAAGUCGCUAAAGUCUCCCAGUCGGCAUUGGGCGGAUUGGCGACCUUUGGAGCGAACAACACUGACCCGACGUCCUCGUCCACGGAGACCGGAAUAGCGGCUGCCUGUUACGCCCUCUUUCUACGCCACGGACUUCUGCUUCUGGUGCUGGCCAUUAUUUGCGGCAUCUCUUGCCUCCUGGGCGCGCUGCUGCCCAUCUUCUGCAGAAGGCGACGAGCACAGGUGUCUCAGUACCCGCCCAAGCGUCGCUUCGUGCCAGCGAGGAUCUUCGCAGAUCCGCAGAUGAUGCGCAUGUUCCGCCGACGAGAGCACAUGGUGGCAUGAAACGAUCGACGCGCUGCU